AUGAUUCUUAAUUUAUCAUCGGAAUAUCUAAAACCUAAUUCAAAUCAUCUAAUUUUAAUAAAUCAAAUUUUAAUCCAACCAAUUCCUCAAAUAGGCCCUACCUGUGGAAUGGUUGCUUUAAUGAUGGCGAUACAAAUUUAUAAAGCUCCUCCCACUUUAAAUCAAAUUUUAGAGAAAGGCAAAGAGUUACAAUUGAGUAAGAAUGGAGAAAUCUUUUCCAUUUACAAUCUUAAAACAUUAGCCUCAUUUUAUUUAGAUUGUAGUUUAGAAAUAAAGGAUACUCAAGAUGGCCAAUCAUAUGAUAAUAAUUUUAUUAAUGAGUUAAUGAAUAAUAAUCUAAUUAUUAUGCCAUAUGAUAAUGAUAAAGAUCAUAGGCCAUGUUUAAAAAAUGGGCAUAAAUCUCAUUGGGCCUUGAUUAAUGGAUUAGUUAUUAUUCUUCACAAAGAUAAAAUAAAUAAUGAUUUUUUAUUAGAAUAUUUUAUUCAAGACAUUCAAUUAUGCAAUGUAUAUUUUAAAAAAUCUGAGAUAAACCUAGAAAUUGGAGACAUACUUCAAACUAUGGAUGAUUUAUAUGUAAUUGCUUUGCAUGGGAAAUCCAAGAAUAAUGCUAUUUGGAAUUACAAAGAUUUUGUUAAGAGCAAUCAAAAUUUGAUAGAGAUUGAUCAUAAUCAGAGAGCAAAAUUAAAUUUUGAGACAGAUUUAAUACUUGAUUUAAAACAAAGCCUUGCGAAUAAAUAUUUAUUACUUAAAUAA